AUGUGCACUCGUUUGCCGCCCUCGUCCUGCUCCAGCGUCUCAAAGCCCGCUUCCCCACUGCUCGCGGCUCUUCGCUGGCCCUGGACCCUAUCCCACCUACGUCCUCCCAUCCCUUUCGAAAGCGACGCCCUCUCCCCCCUCCACUGUCUUCCCCUCGUCGACGCCAUCCCCAGGCCCACAUCAUCAAGUUUGUCGACACCAUCUCCCUCCCCUUAUGCCCCUCAGCGGUAUCCCUCGCCUCCGAAGCCUGUGCGCCCAUCACCACCACCAGCGGCCCCUCUCGCGCACCCGCCUGCUCCCUCGUACCCGCCUCCAGAUACUCCGGAGACCCCCUCCCCUUCAUACUCCACCUCGUCGUCCCCUGCCUCGACAGCGUCUCCCAAGACGCCUCACGGCAUCGAGGACCACACGGCACGGAUUGUAUUGGCGGAGUUGUCGCCGGUGUCGCUGAUAUCCUCCAUCCUCUUGCCCAGCGGCAUUCUAGCCGCAGCCUUGGGUGAGGGCAGCAGCGCGACACUGUCAACGCGCUCCUUAUCCUCUCCUCUCCGGACACAAAGCCUGUUUUGA